AUGGAUUAUAUGUCAGUUGAUGCAGCUGGGCUGGCAGGGGGAAUUCUGUAUAUUUGGAAGCCUUCUGUGUUCUCACUUUCCAAGUGUUGCUGCUCUCGAAACUUUAUCCUUCUAUCAGGUACGAUUUUACCUGUAUUUACUUUCAUGUUGAUUAAUAUCUAUGCACCUAAUGAUGGGAAAGAAAAAUGGUGCAUAAGAGUGGAUAGAGGGAUGAGGGCUUUUAAUGAGUUUAUUGAAGAUUUGGAGCUCUUUGAUCUUCCUAUGCAAGGAUGGUCGGGACUGGUGUCCAAGACCAUUUCGUUUUUUGAAUGUUUGGACUUUGCAUCAGCAGUUUCAAUCAAUGGUGAAGAAGUCCUGGGAGGAGGUUGGUAUAUCAGGCCAAAGUUGUUAGGGUAUUUCAACUCUAUUGGUCAUGAUGGGGCUAUUGAUGGUCUUGAAGCAGAGUUUUCUGAAGAGGAAGUGUGGAUUUUUAAAGCUGAUGUUCUACAAUUUUUUAAGGAAUUCUAUGACAAUGAGAAGUUGGCUGGUGGGGUUAAUAGCUCUUUCAUUAUACUGAUCCCAAAAGUUGAUGGCCCAGCUACUAUUUCAGAUUAUAGGCCAAUUAGCUUGAUAGGAUCUUUAUACAAAAUCCUUGCUAAAGUCUUGACAAGUAGGCUGAAGCUAAUGGUUCCUAGAGUGAUUGGGGAGGCUCAAUCUGCUUUCCUUGGGGGUAGAAACAUUAUGGAUGGGGUUUUAAUUGCAAAUGAAGUCGUCGCUUGGUGGAAGAAUAAUAGGGCAAAAGGUUUGAUUCUCAAGCUGGAUUUCAAAAAAGUGUUUGAUUCAGUUAAUUGGGAGUGCCUUAUGUCUAUGUUAACGGUGUUCGGUUUUGGGGCUCAGUGGAGAAAGUGGAUUAAGGAAUGCUUGCAUUCUUCUCGAAUUUCGGUUUUGGUGAAUGGCUCUCCAACGGCUGAAUUUGUCCUUGAGAAAGGUCUCAGGCAAGGGGACCCCUUGUCAUUCUUCCUUUUCAAUGUUGUUGCUGAGGAGUUGAACGUUUUAUUGCAAAGGGCUUUGUCAAGUGUUCUUAUCAAGGGGUUAGUUUUUGGUCUGAAGAUUAAUUUCUCCAAAAGUCUUGUGAGUGGAAUUGGUGUGCCUGAUCAGCUGGUUGAGGAGUUUGUUAACAGACUUCAUUGCAAAAGCAAACGCCUGCCCUUUCCAUACCUUGGUUUGCCUUUGGGUGCCAAUCCAAGAUUGAGAAAAACUUGGAGACUAGUUGUUGAUAAGAUGCCUACUUAUGUGGUUAAAGUAGUUGAAGGGUUGCAAGCAUCUUUUUUGUGGGGUGGAUCUGAUUUGAAAAAGAAGAUUCACUUGGUUAAAUGGGCUGAGGUGUCUAAAAGUAAAGAUCAAGGUCAGUGUAGCUGCUCAUCUCUUUAUCAUCUGCUACUGUCUUCUGGUUCUAUGGGGGUAUCAAAAAUGUUGUGGUCUAAUGUCUCUCCCCAAAAAGUUCAGUUCCUCGGGUGGUUGUCCUGGAAGCGGAAGUUGAAGACUUUAGUGUUCCUUAAUAGAAUUGGUGUUUUGGGUCAUAAUGUUCUGGGGCUGCAAUGGAUUGUACCUGCUACAGUGGAGAGUCUUUUUCUUUGGUGGAGUGGAUUUAAAUGGAGGACGCUUGAGAACAAAAUAUGGAGAGCAAUGCCUUUGGCAAUUAUGUGGUCUAUCUGGAGGUUUAGAAAUGAAGUUGUGUUCAAUGGACAGGAAGCUGUGUUGGGAGAGAUUUGUGAAUUAAUUAAGUUGAGAAUCAUUUUUUGGGUGACAGCUCACACCAUGGGUUGCUCCUACACAGUGCAGGAUUUCAUGUCUAACCUACAACAGAUUACAUAUGGAGUUUAG